AUGGCCCCGGCACACGACACGUUCAUCCCUGGCCCUGAACUCCUUGACUCCGCGGCAAAUUGUGUCAUACUCGCACACCACUUGCGGAUCCGCUUCAUGAACCUUAUACGUGGUCUCAUGUGUCCGGAGCUCAUUAAGUCCCUAAGUGAGGCCUACUACCCGGAGAAGAUAGAAGCCGCGAGCCUGCAGAGUAUCGCCAUAUGCCGCCGGUUCAAGUUGGCUGGGGAAGACUUCAGGUCGCUAGAUAGUGUGACUCAUGACAGCGUCAAGCUUGUAGAGCGGUUUGAAGCUGAACCAAAUAACCUGGCGGUGGAGUGGGAGGCCACGGGCAUGUUUCCUGUGCCGAAAGUCGAGGUGGGAAAACCGUUCCCUGGAAUCGAGGACGGGAAAGAGUGCAGGCCUGAAGGAAAUGAUCGGUAAAAGCACUCAAACCCGCCUCAGCUUUCCAGACAUGGACCGACCUUACUUGGAUGUCGCGACUGGGCGCGCACCGCCGGCUGUGACCAGAAGCACGGUUGGACGAGUAACGUACUUCCUCCUAUGCUUUGCCACGGCUCCUGGAAUCGCAUUUUCCCACCAAUACUAAGUUAAUCAUGAACAC